AUAUAUAUAGCUAGGGUUUCAACACUCUUCUCUCCUCCGUGGCGGCGUUUUUUGCAGGCGUAGGAGAAAGAGCUCCAAAGCCGCGGCGGAAGCGCCUCCCUCUGGUUAAGGAACUAUGGUCAAACAUAACAAUGUUGUGCCGAAUGGGCACUUUAGGAAGCACUGGCAAAAUUAUGUAAGGACUUGGUUCAACCAGCCUGCCCGCAAGACCAGGAGACGCAUGGCUAGACAGAAGAAGGCUGUGAAGAUUUUCCCUCGUCCUACUGCUGGACCUCUCCGUCCGAUUGUCCAAUGUCAAACUCUCAAGUACAACAUGAAAUCUAGAGCGGGCAGAGGUUUUACGCUUGAGGAGCUUAAGGCAGCGGGCAUCCCAAAGAAGCUUGCGCCCACCAUUGGCAUUGCAGUAGACCACCGCAGGAAGAACCGCUCCCUCGAAGGGCUCCAAGCAAACAUUCAGAGGCUCAAAACUUACAAGGCCAAGUUAGUUAUCUUCCCGAGGCGUGCCCGCAAGUUCAAGGCUGGUGAUUCUGCUCCUGAGGAGCUUGCAACUGCCACUCAGGUACAGGGACAAUACAUGCCUAUUGUUCAUGAUAAACCAUCUGUGGAGCUCGUGAAGGUCACAGAUGAGAUGAAAUCCUUCAAGGCUUACGCCAAGCUCCGUGUUGAGAGGAUGAACCAGCGCCAGGUUGGAGUCAGGUUGAAGAAGGCUGCUGAGGCAGAAAAGGAGGAGAAGAAAUAAUGAAACGAAGCUCGCACUUUUAUUCAUGCUGCUAUGUCUCUUUGUAGUUGACUGUUGGUUUGUUUGGGUUUUUUUUGUCGAACUUAGGAGUACAUCUACAGUAUUCUUAAAUCUUUGCCAUAACUUGUAAGAAUUUUGCCCUUGUUCUGCUGAUUUCAAUUAUUUGCCAUCUUGAGGUUACUAUGACCUGAAGCUAUUGGACAUUCUCGGGCGAGGAAUUGUGAUGCUUGUCAUCUUGUUUGGUUUAUUUUCUCGGUAAUGAGAAGCAACCCAAAUGCUGUGGUUAAUUGCCGUAGUA